GAAUCAUCCAGGAAAUUGCACCCGAUCAUACAGUGAAGUUAGACCGGAUUGGAGCUGAUAUACCAAUUGUUCGAAGGCAUGGAAGUAGUUUCCGGCGUUUGACUAUGAUAGGUUGUGAUGGUUCUCAACGGCAUUUCAUUGUCCAGACAUCUUUGACCCCUAAUGCUAGAAGUGACGAAAGAAUCUUGCAGCUUUUCCGUGUAAUGAACCAAAUGUUUGAUAAGCACAAGGAAUCCAGACGACGCCAUAUAUGCAUUCAUGCACCAAUUAUUAUUCCGGUUUGGUCUCAGGUACGGAUGGUUGAGGAUGAUUUAAUGUACAGCACCUUCCUCGAGGUGUACGAGAAUCACUGUGCAAGAAAUGAUCGGGAGGCAGAUCUCCCCAUCACCUACUUCAAGGAGCAACUAAACAAAGCUAUAUCUGGCCAAGUAUCAGCAGAAGCUGUUGUAGAUCUUCGCCUCCAGGCAUAUACAGAUGUUACAAAGACCCUAGUGACUGAUGGUAUCUUCUCCCAAUACAUGUACAAGACUCUGCCGAGUGGAAACCAUUUGUGGGCUUUCAAGAAACAAUUUGCUAUCCAACUGGCCCUUUCAAGUUUCAUGUCUUUCAUGCUCCAAAUUGGAGGACGGUCCCCGAAUAAGAUUUUAUUUGCAAAGAAUACUGGAAAGUUAUUCCAGACAGAUUUUCACCCUGCAUAUGAUGCAAAUGGAGUGAUCGAGUUUAAUGAACCAGUGCCUUUUCGAUUGACAAGGAACAUGCAAGCAUUCUUCUCCCAUUUUGGAGUUGAAGGCCUCAUUGUUUCGGCUAUGUGUGCUGCAGCUCAGGCUGUGGUCUCACCUAAACAAAUUCAACAUUUAUGGUAUCAAUUAGCCAUGUUUUUCCGUGAUGAGCUGCUUUCGUGGUCUUGGAGAAAGCCACUUGGGAUGCCCAUGGCCCCUGUUGCUGGAGCUGGUAAUUUGAACCCAACAGAGUUCAAGCACAAGAUUAUUGCUAAUGUAGAGAGUGUAUGUCGGAUCAAUGAAAUGCCCCACAAUGUGUCUCUGAGAGAGGAGAAUGCUUUAGAGCCACCGCAGUCGGUGCAAAGGGGCGUUACGGAGCUUGUCGAAGCAGCAUUGACACCCCGAAACCUGUGCAUGAUGGAUCCAACAUGGCAUCCCUGGUUUUGA